UUGGCAGCGUUUUCGGAGUGUUUUCGAACCGGGGCAGGUAGAAAAAAUCUCCUCCCCCAGUAAAUAAUGGUUGUUGAUUGGGGGCUUAAACAACUCGCUUGUACAAACAACGGGGGGACACAAUGGCUGUUCAGAAAAGCGACAGGGAAGAAGGAAUAACGCACCACCUACAACAAAACGCCCGCUUCGGUGGGACCUGUUUUUCGCCGAGCGUUUCUGUACGUGCACGCUGCGCGACGUUGACGUAAAUUUGCGCGGUUUAAUUGGGAUAUCGAUGACCCGAAAGGGCUCGGACCAGGCUGCGGACGGAGUGCAAGAGGACCGGUGAGGUGUCCGCGAAUCGACGGGUGUUCGAGCCGCAAAUCCCCGAAUUUGAUGCCCGAACGCGCCGUGGGCCCCGCCGGGAGAGAUUCCACGGACUAAUCCUCGCGGAUUGCCAGCCCUGUAAGAGGCUUAGUGACUCCGACCAGGACAAAACGACUCAACCCGGCGGUUCCAGUUCGUGACGACAGCUACUCUUGUUGUCUUCUUUUCGUCGGGAAAAAAUACUGUAUAUCUAGAACUGUUUGAGCGAAUUUACCGUAACUACGCGGGCCUGGGAGGCGCCCGACAACCUUGGUAUCUUACACCGAUACACCGGGUACGUGCCAAACACCACCAUGGGUCGUGGAGACCUGCGUGCCCUGGUCGUCGUGUGGAUCGUAAUGCUCGGCCGCGUGUCUACAACAGUCGCCAUCAAGGACAGGGUGUGCGAGGAGGUGACCAUUCCGAUGUGCAAGGGUAUCUACAACUACACGUACAUGCCCAACAAGUUCCACCACCAGAACCAAGACGAAGCCGGGCUGGAGGUGCACCAGUUCUGGCCGCUGGUCGAGAUCCAGUGUUCACCCGCGCUUAAGUUCUUCCUGUGCAGCAUGUACGCGCCUAUUUGUCUGGAGGACUACGAUCACCCCUUACCGGUGUGUAAGAACGUUUGUCAGAUGGCCAGGGACGGCUGCGCCCCCAUCAUGAGACAGUACCAGUUCGCCUGGCCCGACAAGUUCGAGUGCGACGAUCUACCUGAGCAGGGGGACCCCGACCGGCUGUGCAUGCACUUUCUCAACGCGUCGGGCGACAACACGCAGAAGUCUACCCCCGCCCUCCCCACCAUCACGGCCGGUGGUAACGUCCCCGGGGGACAGCCUAGACCCGCCCCGCCUAGCGGAGGCUGCAAGUGCGGCUGUAACAAGCCUCUGGUCAGCAUCCCGCCCAGCUCCAAGUCGUGGUACAACCGAGGGAUUUCUGCAGGCGACCAGCCCAACUGCGGAGUUCCCUGCUACGAUCCUUACUUCGACGCCAGCAAAAAGACAUUCGCGAAGUUCUGGAUCGCGCUGUGGGCAGGAUUGUGCUGCGCGUCAACCUUCAUGACCGUUACCACCUUCCUCAUAGACAUGACCAGGUUCAAGUACCCAGAGAGACCCAUCAUCUUCCUCGCGCUCUGCUACUUCUUCGUCUCCCUCGGGUACAUCAUCCGACUCAUCGCGGGGCAUGAAGCCGUCGCCUGCGAGAAGGAUCUACAGAUCGUCCGGUACGGCACCACGGGCCCGGCGCUGUGCACCAUCGUGUUUCUGCUCAUCUACUUCUUCAGCAUGGCCAGUUCCAUCUGGUGGGUCAUCCUCUCCUUCACCUGGUUCCUGGCCGCGGGGAUGAAGUGGGGACAGGAGGCCAUCGCCAGUUACGCGCAGUACUUCCACCUGGCUGCCUGGCUCAUCCCCAGCGUGAAGACAAUCGCCGUGCUCGCGUUAAGUUCCGUGGACGGGGACCCUGUCAGCGGGAUCUGCUACGUGGGCAAUCAGAACUUGGACAAUCUGCGGGGGUUCGUGCUGGCCCCGCUCAUGGUUUACCUCAUCAUCGGGACGUCAUUCCUUCUGGCCGGAUUCGUGUCCCUCAUCCGGAUCCGGAAAGUCAUCAAGCAGGGCGGGACCAAGACGGACAAACUGGAGAAACUGAUGCUGAGAAUCGGCAUCUUCUCGGUGCUGUACACGGUCCCAGCCACCAUCGUGGUCGCGUGUUACUUCUACGAGCAGCAGCACCGUCCUGCCUGGGAGAGGGCACUGGCCUGCCCGGACUGCAUGCCGGACUUUCGGCCGGACUAUACUGUGUUCAUGUUGAAGUACUUUAUGUGCCUAGUGGUGGGAGUAACGUCGGGAGUCUGGGUCUGGACCGGUAAAACCAUCGACUCUUGGAAACAGUUCCACAGAAAACUCUGCGGCAAAAAGAAGAGUCAAACCGAAGCCAGGUACACAGCAGUUACUACUAUAGCCCUCCCCAAACAGACUUCUUUCACACAUGUAUGAUUUAUAUCAAGGGGGAGGGGGGCAACAGUGUUACUGUGUACAGAAAUACAAUUCUUGUGUGUACCGAGUGUUCAGUACUGCCACACGUAUUUCCAAGGUCUGUUUUCAUACCAGUUACUGAUUAACCAUGCAGUACAAUCAAGAUGUUAUUUUGUUGCAAAUCAAACCUUUCACAGCGCCUGUAAUGACGGUGACAGUAACCACACAAGGAUACUGGGUCCACAGCAGUUUUAUAAUUACCCCCUGUUUAUAUUGUAUAGAAUGACCUAAUUUCGGAAGAGAUUUUCUAAUUGUACAAAUUGUGAUAUAAUAUUAUCAUUAUUAUUAUUAUCAUAUACGGGUGAUGAUACCUGAUAUUUAUGCAAUAUAUCAAUAAUGUCACGUUGUUCUAUCGUCUAAAUGUUUGUAAAUAUUUUUCAGUUCGAGAAAAUUCUGGUUAGUUUUAUGAAAAGGAAAGGUUUAGAGAGACUUUUAGUACUCGUAUGACUUCAUUAAUGACAAUCAGUUGUGAAGAAUUCGAAAGAAAUACGUUUUUAAUGCAGGUAGCUUCCCAUAGUUUGUUCCAAGUUCCUUGUUUAAAAGUUUGUUGAAGAGAUUUCACCAUUGCAAUACAGCCGUCCUGAACGGGAGAGUGUUAUUCAUAUUUGUUCAUACUUUCAUGUUUGUUCGAAACUUCCCAACUUCUUGUGUUCUUACAAACAAUAUAGUCUCUACCAGGCUUUGUGGGUUCCUGAAAAAAAAGUAGUCAAAUUGGCCCGAAAAGUGAAUAAUUUACUAGACGAGUUACCACCAUGUUUGUCAAAACUUGACAAUAUUUCCAAAAGCCUACGAAGUCUGAUAGAGACUAUAAAAAGCCCACGAUAGCCCCAUGGGCCACUAAGCCUGUAAUUUCAAACCCAAAUCCCAAAUGUUUGUCCAUUGCAAGUUAGCACAGGCUUCUUCGUUUAUUUCCAAUUAGAAAGUUUUGGGACUGACCCUCUAGGCUUGUGUCCACUCAGAAAAGUCCAAAUGCAAAUAUGCCCAACGGUUUUCCACUCUCUACGCUAGAGAAAAUACACAGAACUUGCAGGGAGAGUGUCUGGAGAGAGGGGAUGGUAAAAAUAAAGUCCGUGAAACAUUGGAA